AUUUCAUUAUUCAAGAGCGUCUAGACUACCCUAACUGUCGUCAGAACGAUUACUAGGCGUUGUCGUGGAGAGAUCGGGCACUGUUUUCGAAGAUAAUAUAGCGCGAAAGUCCUCGGUCUAACAAACCCCGUGCGUUUUUGUCCCCCCCUCUUGGUGACGGGCAUCAGUUUCGCAAAAUUCGAUCACUCUACUGUCGAAACCUAGACCGUAUUGUCCGCGUCGUAUCGGAACGAUAUGUUUUAGCACGAUGCCGAUUUAUGAAGUCACUGGAAACGCUCAAAGUCGGUUCGUUCAAGCUGCAGCCCUACUUCACCUGCUCGACCCAGUCCGUGGCGAACCGACAGCAUAUGGCCUCGAUCAAGAUUCAAACACACUUGCACAGAACCGGGAGAGGCUUCUAAAACGGAAGUUUCUCGAUUCUUUCGCCCUGAUAUGCGCAAGGAAGAAAGAUGGCGACACGGUGUCUGCGGCUUGUUUGGAGGAAGGCCUUCCAGAAGGAACGAUAGUCCGUGUCGCAAGUAAUCAGGGGGUCGCAAAAUCUACCCUUUUUGAGCUGCGGGAAUUGAUGACGAUUCUUAAUGGCGUUGCUAGCGGCGAGUACACCGCAUCCGACAAAGAAUCAGAGGUCCUAGUGCGGAUCAUCAGCCUAGACGUUGUCAGAAUACGUUCCUACCUCAAAGACAUCCGCAGCGUCGGUGAUGAUGUGAGGGACAUCAUCGAGGGCUCUAGUUCAGGAUCGGCAUUUCUCCAAAUCGACUAUGCAAUAACCUUUCCAGAAUGGAUUGCGCACGUCUUCACGAUGCGAGACCUUCCUUCAGAGCCUACUCCCGAAAGUCUGGUCGAUCACAUUCGGUGGGCCUUGGAGGCUCGACGUACUUACCUGGCGUGUCUCCAAGCUUUAUUCCCAACUGCGUUGCCCCGAUGGGUUUACGCAAUUUUCAAGCUCGGACGUUAUGCGAUUGCCUCGAUGGCUUUCCUCCACUUUGCAUCUGAAUUUUCGACUCUAUUCAACCCGAUGCUUGUGGAACCUGUACAAGCUCCUUCAACAAUCCGACUCACAUGCUCGAGAAAAGAGAUGCCGUUAACGAGUGUCGUCCGAAGACUCGCCAGUGGUCAAGAAGUGAACCAAUAUAUAUCUCGUCUUGCGCAAGUCUGGGGAGUUCAGGACCCAGAGGCCUAUUUCCGAGAUGUUUGCACUUUGCACCUGCCUGUUCAUGCUGAGAUGCAGCUCCUGAAUUUCUACGACAGCAACCCCAAGAGAAGACCGUCCUUCCGCUUCAUCGGCGUCAGCAAGAAAUCAUGUUUUCUAUGCCAAUGGUUUCUCGCGAGGCAUCCUCUAUCAUUCAGCGUGUCCUCAUGUCACCAGAAGCUUUAUCUCAACUGGAGACCUCCACCCGCAGCCGACAUAGCUGUCUAUAGACAAUACAAGACCAUUGUGACUGACCUGAGCAAGGCUAUGGAAUCAGUAGCCAAACAGGAACUGCAAAAUCGUCUGGGUCUCCGACGCCCUGUUCCCCCAGAUUCAACGGCUGGUGUAUCUGUCUCAGGUUUAAAGAACUUCAACAGAGCGUCAAAAGACAUGACCGCAGUCACGGAGUUGGCCACCACAUCAGGAAGGUGUGUCGCGAGGGCCGCAGCAUGUACGAUACCAUCGUUUCAGCCGAUCCCGGUGGUGAGACCCUCAUCUCCAGAUGAAGAAGAAAUGUCCUGGGUUCCUCAUAACAACUUUUCUGCCGGUGAUUCAUUCUCAACCACAGAGAUGGUGUUCCAUGUGAUGUAUGUGAACGAAGCCCUGAGGCAAGACAUCAUCGCCAUCCGUGAUAUAAUGGAUCGCCAUUCCGGAGAACCGUCCUGGGCGAAGCUGGUCAAUCUUCUAAUGGAUGAUUCCGGAGUCGGUAUGCGAGACGGAGACUUUCUCAUGGUGAACGAUCGGAUUCGGGUUGGCAAUGAGAGGCAACUUCUUGCUUGCUUGCAGUACUUACGAAAUGAGUCGGUGUUGAACUCGGAAGUGUACGUGUAUAACUUAAGCACAGUAUCAGGAGCAGCACAGCAGAAGGAGCAAUCCGGGUAAGUACUCUCGGAAGCUAGCACCAGUGUUUCAGAUGUACUGAUGCAAAAUAUUAUUGUACGCACAAUGGGGUGAAGGGCGAAGGGCGAAGGGCGACUCUGGUUGUACAAUUUGGGCACAUAUGGAGAGACGUCUUCCUUUACCUUAUUUGCUACGAUCCCAGUUCCAGCGUAGAUGUAGCGCAAACGACCUCUCAUAUUCCGAAUGAUGACUGUUUCGCUGCCGGAAGCGCACCGUACGCGAUACAACUUGUUAACCAUUUCACAUGUUGUGGGGAACUAACCAGCGCCGGAAAGACAC